AUGAAGCUCCAAACCGUCCUCGUCCUCCUCGCCUCUGUCGUCUCUGUCCACUCCCAAUUCGAAGGUGCGCCGGUGCUUAGUCAAUGCCUUGAGCUCAUCGAGAGUGGAGCUGCUCAAUCGGACACGAGCCCAUUCAAUAUGGAAAAAUGCAAAAAGUGCUUUGAUGAUGUGGAGAGAACGUGCCUUCCAGACCAUGAAGGCGAUCCUAAUACGUUAGCGCAGCGUGUCGCAGAGUCGGGGCAGGCCCCUUGCGCAGAGAGCGAGUGUGCAAAUGUCAUUUUCGGCACUGCAGAUGCGGCGGCGAAGAGAGAUGUGACGAAGAGGUGCAGAGGAAGGUUGUGUCAUGACAAUUAA